GAAUUAGGAUGGAGAAUCAAUCGGGGUGCAUUGAGGAAGGCCAAUGAAGACAUGAGAAACGGUGCCGCGAAUGCUUUCGGAAGUGCGGCUUGGAGAAGACACCCGCCGUUCAGGGCUGACCCGUUCAAGGGGCAUGACAUCGAGCAGUUGAUGAAAGAGAUGAAAGACGAUGCUGGUGGAGACAAGAGCAGCGAUGACAGCAGUGACAGUGAUAGCGACAGCGAUAGUGACAGCGGGAGCGAGCCAGACGACGGUGAGCUUUUUGUUCGUCCAGAGCGUCCUUCAUCCCCUGCUGAGGCUGGUCCAAGCACGUUCAAACGUCAGCCAAGUAUAGGUCUGGAUGAAGGCCUGUUGCAGAGAUUCCGUGACGAGGAUGAGGAAGAGGCAGUGGCUCGAGGAACAACAGGACUAGCAAGAUCCGUCGACAGCGAUGAGGAAAAUGACGGGUAUGAAUACUUGCCAAGAGAUUCGCCUAAUAAGGGCAAAGGAAAGGCUUUACCGAAGUCCAACGGUGACACUGGAAAUAACAAAGAUUCGGGCGAUUCCCACCAGAAAGGCAAGAGCAUGGAGACAAUGAAGCGACCAAUUGUUAUCGAGGACACUGGCUCCGAGGAUCCCGUAGUUGUCGAAAGUCCUUCCAAAAAAGUGAAGACCAGUCCAAGCCCAGAGGUUGUCAUCGUGAUCGACGACGACGAGGAUUACUCGGAGAUCGAGAUUGAUGAAGCAAGAAGCUGCCCUCGAGCCGAGAAGGAUGAGAUCAUCGAGAUUGUCAUGAUCAAGGAUGACGAGGAAGAUGAGAAGAAGUGAGAAGUGCGACAAGAAGCAUAGGUUAUUCAGAGGAUGGUCUUGUCUAUCGUUGGGCAAAAAGCGUUGAUUUCAAAUAAGGGGUGGACUUUCAACAGCU